AUGACUCAUCACAAUACCCUGAAACUUCUGUCCACCCAGGAAAGGAUUAUCCCCAACUACAACUGUAACAACCAAAUGAAUCUGGUAGCUGUUAUUGGGGGACUUGAUUCUGAAAUCUCCCUACAAAUAUCUAACAUCUUAGGCAUCUACAAAAUUCCACAGAUUGCCUACUGUGUAUUUCCUCCAGUGCUUAAUGCUAACACCCAGUUCCCUUCCUUCUACCGGAUGAUUCCCAAUGAAGCAUUUCAGUACAGAGGGAUUAUCCUUCUGCUUCUGCAUUUCCAAUGGACAUGGGUCGGUAUCAUUGCGGCAGAUGAUGAUAAAGGAGAACAAUUCAUGAGGACCUUGAUACCAAUGCUUUCUCAAGAAAGCAUCUGUACAGCCCACAUUGAAAAAACACCACCCCUGUCUCAAGUUUUAGAGAUGGCUCAACCUUUCGAACAGGUUCUGGCCAAGGCCGUUUCAUUAAAUAACCCCAAAGUCCAAGUAUUCAUAGUAAAUGCAGAUCCACAGACCACCUCAUGUUUAAAAUGGUUUAUACACUUGGGAAUUUUGCACGGCAUGCUACGAUCUGUUGGUAAGGUUUGGGUUAUGACAGCCCACUGGGAUUUCUCAACACAGACAGUGCAUAGGGAUUUUGAUAUACAGAACUUCCAUGGGGCCUUGUCAUUUGCAAUCCACUCCGAACCAGUUCUGGGGUUUCCAAAAUUCCUUCAGAUGCUACAUCCAGACUCACCAAAUGGUGAUGGCUUUAUCAAAAUCUUCUGGGAACAAGCAUUCAGCUGUUUGUUUUUGGAUUUUAAAGAGAGCAAGGAGAAUGAAGAAAUCUGCACUGGACAAGAGAAGCUGGAGAGCCUACCAGGAGCUCUUUUUGAAAUGAGCAUGACUGGCCAAAGCUACAGUAUCUACAAUGCAGUCUAUGCCAUGGCACAUGCUUUGCAUAAGAUGUACACAUCCAGGGCUACAUUUAGCUCCUUGGUGAACAGAAGAAGACUGCAUCUUCCAACUAUGCAGCCCUGGAAACUAAAUUCUUUCUUGAGGAGAAUCUCAUUCAACAACAGCGCUGGGGAAAAGGUGUUUCUUGAUGAUAACGGUGAAUUAGCGACUGGAUUUGAUAUUAUAAACUGGGUUACUUUCCCUAACCAAACCUUUUCUCAAGUGAAAGUAGGAAGGAUGGAUCCACAGGUUCCAUUGGACAGACAGUUCACCAUUCAUGGGGCAGCUAUCACAUGGCACACCAUUUUUAAUCAGGUCCUACCUCUUGCUGUGUGCAAUGAUCACUGCCCUCCAGGUUUCAGCAAGAAAAAGAAGGAGGGGGAGUUGUUUUGCUGCUAUGACUGUGCUUCAUGUCCAGAUGGGAAGAUUUCAGACAGGAAAGACAUGGAUGAUUGUUUCCGAUGCCCAGAAGAUCAAUAUCCCAACAAGAACCGGGAUGAAUGUCUUCCCAAGGUCCAUAACUUCCUCUCUUUCUCUGAACCUUUGGGGAUCACUUUGGUGUCCUUGGCUCUAUCUUUUUCUCUGAUCACAGCUUUGGUGCUGGGGAUUUUCAUUAGGCACCGGAACACUCCCAUUGUCAAAGCCAACAAUCGGGACCUCACUUAUACUCUGCUCAUCCUCCUAUUGCUCUGCUUCCUCAGCUCCUUGUUAUUCAUUGGUCGCCCUCAGACAGUGACGUGCUAUUUCAGGCAAACAGCAUUUGGCAUCAUCUUCUCAAUGGUGGUGUCUUGUGUCUUGGCAAAAACAAUCAUUGUUCUUUUGGCUUUCAUGGCUACCAAGCCAGGGACCAGAAUGAGGAAAUCGGUGGGGAAAGGACUGGCAAACUCUAUCCUUCUCUUUUGUUCUUUUAUCCAAGUAGUUGUUUGUGCUGUGUGGCUCUGUACUUCUCCCCCAUUCCCAAAUUUUAACAUGCAUUCUAUGGAUAAAGAAAUCAUAGUGGAAUGCAAUGAAGGGUCAUCUAUGAUGUUUUAUUGUGUUCUGGGCUACCUGGGGUUUCUGGCCAUGGUCAGCUUCAUGGUGGCUUUCCUAGCCAGGAAAUUGCCAGACAGUUUCAAUGAAGCCAAGUUUAUCUCUUUCAGCAUGUUGGUUUUUUUCAGUGUUUGGUUGUCCUUCAUUCCAUCUUACCUCAGCACCAAGGGAAAAUAUAUGGUAGCUGUGGAAAUCUUCUCUAUCUUGGUUUCCAGUGCUGGAUUACUGGGUUUUAUCUUUUUCCCUAAAUGCUACAUAAUUAUUUUUAGGCCUUGGUUGAACUGCAAGGCACAGUUAAUAAGGAAAUAUUAG